AUGGAUGUGUCUAGAAAGGUCAUAAUUCUAUCUAGAGAAUCUGGUUUAAGACUGGAGCUUUCUGAUAUCCAAGUGGACUGCCUUGUGCCAGAACCAUUGAAAUCAAGUGCAUUAGCUGAGGAGUUCCUGCGGCGUCUACCUGAAUUUGAUCAGGAAGUCACAAAGAAACGGCUUGAUGCGGAGGCUGCUGGUGAAGUUCUGAGUGGGACUUUAAGUUAUAUCUUCAACAACUUUAUAGAAGAUCGGGCUUUUAGCGAGGUCGUUAGAGAAGCCAAGAAUGCUGGUUAUACCGAGCCAGAUCCAAGAGACGAUCUGUCUGGAAUGGAUGUGUCUAGAAAGGUCAUAAUUCUAGCUAGAGAAUCUGGUUUAAGACUUGAGCUUUCUGAUAUCCAAGUGGACAGCCUUGUGCCAGAACCAUUGAAAUCAAGUGCAUUAGCUGAGGAGUUCCUGCGGCGUCUACCUGAAUUUGAUCAGGAAGUCACAAAGAAACGGCUUGAUGCGGAGGCUGCUGGUGAAGUUCUGAGGUAUGUUGGGGUAGUAGAUGAUGUCCGAAACAAGGAAUGA